CUUUAGACUAUUUGGCAGAAUGCCAAGUAUAUGUUCUUUACAUUAAGAUAGGAGACGGUGUCAGACACAUGCCGGAAACAACGCUAUGAACUAUGCCUAUGUAAUGUGUCUGUCACCAGUAUACAAGGGCACUAAAUGGGACUUCCUGGUUAGCGCUCCUGACAGACGUUCACUAUGGCGCAUCAAGUUUGUUGGAACCUCUCCGGCGAGCUGAACAAUGAUUCUUUUAAGAUUUUCUUUGAGUGUCCCUGUGUAAGAAUUUCCACAACAAGAGUAAAUUGAGGUGAACAGACCGAUUAAACUUGCCACGCCCUGAUCUGAUUCACAUGUCUUUGUGAUUGUAUCCACCCACCUCCAGGUGUCCUGUUUUCCUCAUUAGUCCCUGGUGUAUUUAUCCCUGUGUUUCCUGUCUCUCUGUCCCAGGUUGCCAAAGUCGACCAAUGUUUUGCCUAGCUCCUAUUUUUCCCCAGUCAAUGUUUUUCCUAGCCCUACUGGUUUUGAUCCUCGCCUGUCCUGACGCCGAAUCCGCCUGCCUGACCACUCUGCCUGUUCUGACCUAGAGCCUGCCUAUCCCCUUGUACUGUUUGUAGUCGGACCUGUUCACUGAACCCCUGCCUGUCCUGACCUCGAACCUGACUUUCCCCUGGUACUGUUUGUACUCUGACCUGGUUUAUGAACUCGCCUUUCCCCCGACCUGUUUUCUGCCUACCACUUUUGGUACAAUAAAUGUCAAUGCUCAACCAUCUGCCUCCUGUGUCCGCAUUUGGGUCUCGCCUUGUGCCCUUUUAUAAAACUCACCUUGUCCGAGAGAUAAUCACACGGUUGACAAAAUAUCACGCCAAGGUAAAAGCCUACACGAAACAUAUACUUCAUUUGAAGUGUGUGUAAAGUUCACUAUGUGAAAGAAAUGAAUGGUGGAAAGGCGAUUGGAGCCGUUUCUGAAUCCGCGGGAUUUUAUGGCUAUUAUAACACGUCCACGGUGGGGCUCUAUGCAAAACACACAUUUUACAAGGCCUAUGGGACUCACUACUGUUUGAGCUCCAAGUAGUAUAGGAGGAACAGCAAGGGAACUCAAAGGUGCCACUGUCCUAAAAAUGCAAUUUGGUGUUUAGAUUUUUAUGACCUGACGACGACACCGUAUUACUUACCCAUUGAGCAUAACGUAGUUCAUUGAGAAGACAUAGUCACCAUCUUAUCAGGAUCUAUGUACAUAACUGUUGGUACCUGCAGCCUCGAUACUGUAACAAAGAGUCAGGUGACUGGCUUCUGUGCCACAAGUUAUGUCUGAAUGUAGGGGAGGUAUGGCAGACCCUUUCUAUACUUAAUGGAAGUGCAUUUCAUUUUCUGACAAGAGAACACCAAACAACACUGGCUUUGCGAGUUUCACUUCAUAUUCCUUCAGGUGAGCAACACGCUGUUGAUUUUCUUAUGAUCUUGUGCGAGUUGCCGAGUCUUUUCACAACUUUUUAGAUUUAAUGACAGUCAGCCUAUCUGUUUCUUUUUUCAGAGUUUAGUUCAGAGUUUAUUGGAAAUGGGAGCUAGCUACAGUGUUGACUUGUGAAAGUUCUUUUCAUAUACCUUUUUAAUGUGAGUACUUUUCACCUCUUUGUUUUGUAUUUGCUGUUAAUUUCAGCAGAGUGAGAUCCCUGUAUGGACAAAGACAACCCCAACCUGCCUCUGAGGUCAGGGGACCUUCUACCAUUCUCUCCACACCCACCUGUCUCUUAGAACAUGAACUCUCACUACUUUUACACAUACACCUCACCUCGACCUGCAUCUACACACCACUUUUACAGAUCGAUGUGUCCCACCGUCAUCACCCCACCUAUGCAGUGGCCCAACAACUACAGUCUCUACCCUCCAUGUAUCCCCACCAAGUAUCAAUUCCCCUUAAACUUGGUCUCCAGGAGCACUAGGGGAUUCCAGGGAUCUGAUCCCAGCGCCUUUCACCACUAUCAUCAAACUUCUCCCCUGCCCUGGUGUAACUAUAGACUUAUGUCUAACCCUUACUGGCACUACCACCAGCGCCAGUGGUAUGCCAAUCUUUCUGCUCCAGUGGCUCCUGUGGCCCCUACUCCAACCAGGCCCCAGAGGUUCCAGAACCAGGGAGGGACCUGGCCCGAGGGCUUCACCCUGAGAGGAGAGCUUCGCUGGGGCAGGCUGGAGAGGGUGUAUGGCCCCCGCAGGGAGCUGCCUGAGUUUGUGAGGGAGGACCUGCGGAGAGUGUACGGUACCUAUCCCCGGACGGAUGUUAGUAUCACCUACCAGGGAGGGGAGUACGUGGUGCGAGGGGACACCCAUGUGGGGGAACAGGAGUACAGAGUGGAGAGGAGGAUAGUGAGGCAGCAGGAGAGUCCUGAGGGGGAUAGCAUGAGUGAGGUAGUAGAGAAGAGGAGAAAGAUGAGAUGAUUGUAAUGGAGGUAUGGCUAAUAAAUGUUGACAAAUGAAAAUGUAUUUCCAUAAAUGUGAUGAUUUUUCCCAUAAGCAUUGAACAAAAGUAUAACUGUUAUAUAGUAGUUGCUGUAUAUUAGUAAAUGCUAAUAGUAGAAAUGCUAUUGAUAAAUAUUCUACAUAAAAUGUUAUUUGUCACAUGCUGAAUUACAACAGGUUUAGUAGACCUUAGUGAAAUGCUUACUUUACAAGCCCUUAACCAACAAUGGCGUUUUAAGAAAAUACAACAACAGCAAAAAGUAAGAGAAGAAACAAAUAAUUAAGGCGCAAACUUCAGAUAAGUAGCGUUUGACUGCUUUUGUAUUAAACAUAUUAGUUAAUAUUCUCCAUCUCAUUAUAUGGCGCUACCUCAGGCACCUACAAUGCUGGAGUCAUUCUCGUCUAGUGUUUUCAUUAGGUGGUGUGCUACCGUGUACUACUAUGAUUUUCAGUAUCAAGGUUCCUGUAACAUUAGCAUUAACAAGUUUGCUUCAGGAAAGCGCUUUCCCACUCUUGUUAUAAACUCCUGUCAUUUGCCUCUCAUCUCUUACUGAAAACCCCAAUGUUAAGCAGUUAAAACUUCUCUCAUAACAUGCUGAUGUUCUAUCAUAUUAGUCAUUUCUCACCUCUUAUACUAUAACCCUGUGUCGUAUUGUAUCAAACCCGGUCCAGUCUCUUGUAUCUCAUCACUAUUGUCACAGUAGACUUUGUCCAUCAGCAUAGAAAUAUAAUUACUAGAAUGGACAUUCUCAUUCAAGUCAACUGGUAACUCUGACGAGUAUGACUAGUCAUUCUGUUUCUGUCUGUCCAACGUUUGUGGACCCUGCUCUUCUCUCUGUCGUCUCCAUGACUCCAGGUUCUAUGGAACAGGCGUUUGGGUCUGAGUCACCUCUCGCAGUAUAGAGUGAUAAGACAUAGCUGUGGCCAGGGUGUGUGGGUUGGGUAUGCUGCAUUCGAAUUGCUUCACUUUAGAAUGUUCCUUGUACUGCACAAUUUCCAGUAAUAUAUAUAUGUGCUUGAGCACACAUCCCGUUUCUCUAUAAAUAAGUGUCACAUAUGAUUUUACAAAACAUAGAUAUCUGACUGUUAUUUAUAAU